UAGUAAGAGGAGUUUAAGAUACAAACAUUUUAAGGAUGGAGGGAUUAUAUAUUAAGUCAAUUUGGAGAGGGCUUUGACGCCGAGCACUAGGAUGGGAGGUCACAUCGUGCAGGGACAUGUUGUGGGUGAGGGUGAAGAAGAGGAAGGGGCUUUUGAGGUGCACUGCCCCAAAGGGUUCAUUGUCGUGGAUGGGGAGCAGGUUCACAAUAUAAUUCCAACUGCCCUUGGUACUUUGAAUGGUUCUGUGUCUGAAUCAAUCCGAGAUCCUAUCACAAAAGUGAUUCAUCAAAUACCAGGCCCCUUCCCAACAUCAUGAGUCUGAUUCUAACAUCUUUUGAUCAUGAGGGACAACAUUAAGAACUUGCUCUUUCACUUGCCCAUGAAAAAAGGCCAUACUCGACAGUGAUGAGGAUGGGUGCAACAGUCAAGUCAAUUGCCCACACAUACGCUUUCAAGUCUCAAUCGUGCCUGAUUUUUCUUCACCAUCAAUCACGCCAUGAGCCUUGGAAGGGAGACGACAGUAAUAGAGGGGAUAGCGAGGGAGGAUGCAUCGUAAUCAAGAGUUGCUGCUGAAUACAAUCAUCGCCGGCGACCUUGAAUUAUGAUUGCUCGGGAAAUUGACUGCCUCAGGGUUUUACCCCUAGGUCCAGAUGAAGAUGGCAGGGUCUUUGGCUUUUGAGUGAUAAAUGUUCAAGACGAGCGAUUUGGAUGGGAAUCGGGUAUAAACCGGGAGCUCUGGAUGAGAUGAUUUUGGCCUACCUCUUGGAUGACGGUGACUCUCGCUGUGUACUUGACGGCUUACCUUUGUGGGACAAAUAAAAACUAAGGAUGAAUUGUCAAGGUAUUAAUUUGCAACUUUUAAUGUUCUAUUUAUGAAAUUUUCAUUUUCAAGUUUUAUACCAUUGUCAUAAUUUUGAUUAACUAAUAUAUAAUAAUUUUGUGUUUAACUUCAACUUUGUGGUUAAUUUUGUUUAAUUACCCUUCUUUCCCCUUCCAAAUUGUUGAUUUUUUAAAUGUAUUCAUUGAACUUUAUCAAAGGACAACUUGGGCAGCCAAAUCCACUCCUCAAUGAACUCACAAAUAUGUUUGAGUGAACUAUAGAAAAGGGCUCUGAUUGGGUCACUCUUAAACACUGUAAUUUAUUAUUGAUAUUCGUAUUACAUUUCGUUGAUGCAUUAUUUGUUGAUUAAAAUAUUAAAGUUCUCUAUCAUGAAUGUGCAGCUUCUGAUAAGUCCAAAUCCCAACGGAAUGAAAAACUCCAUCUAUUUGAAUAAAAACUCAGAUUUUGAUAAAUUACCCUCUUUCCCAUUGCAAAAUGUUUGUGUUUGGAGUGAGUUGUACAAUGUUAUGGUGAUUGUGUGCAAUUGAACCUUUGUUUAUCAAAGAUUUUACCUUGCAGGUGCUUUCAACUAUGAUUCGUAAGUAAUCUAGAAGUGUUUUCUGCCUUACCUUUUCGACUUCUUACAACUUAAAUUACAUACGAAUCUAGAUUAGUCAGUGCAGAUUUUUUAUAUAUUUAUUUAUUUUUCUUUUAGUUCCUGCACGUUAAUAUAUCAUUGAACAAUCUUUAAACGGCGGUUUGUGAGGUUUGUUGCAACAUUCAAACUAUUCAUAUAUUUGAGCUUAAUCUUAUUAGGUAUAUGAUAAUUGAUAAUUAUAUGAUCAUGCAAUGUAAUUAACAUCAUUUUUUGGAGGAGUUGCAGGUCUAUGCAGUGUCAAUGAUGGAAUUAUAUAGUUUCCAGGUAUCUUUGAUUUUUUAAAGAUCCUAGAGUUAUGGUGGUAAAUUUGUUUGGCUUGGUUAACUUAUUCUCAGAGCUUAAAAAUUUAUGAAGAAUAAAAUAUCAUAAUAUGU